UUUUUGGGUCACCUCUGAGAAUUUAAUUUGGAUCGGGUUCUUGUCGAAUUAUGAGCAAACUACUGUAUUAAGUUGUUACUGAAGAGCUUUCGCAUUGGCGUAGGAGUUGAUACGGUGUAGGAUUUGAUACGCUAGCAUUCCUGAUGAACCAGUUUGCAAUGGUACGCGUGAACUACACCCUUAUAGUGGUACGCCCUUUAAGAAUCGUGUUAGUUGGAGUUGGGAGAUCGACGGAGAAAGAUCUGAGUUAUUUUUACAUAAGAUUGUUCCACUUACGUAACGUUGCAGUUUUUCAAGGCCCGUAAAGACAGGAUCAGACCAUGAUGACACAAAGCAAACCGAAGCUGUACUGUGCCUGGUUCUGUCCAUUUGCACACAGAGCAUGGAUCUCAAUGUUAGCAAAAAAAAUUGAUUUUGAUUACGUAGAGCAGGAUCCUUACAACAAGUCUGCUGAGUGGCUAGCCAUAAACCCUCGUGGAUUAAUACCAUGCAUCGUUCACAAUGGCAAGUCAAUCUAUGAGAGCCAUAUUUGCAUUGAAUACGUUGACGAGGCCUGGCCUAACGCACCAAGGCUACUGUCCCGAGAACCUUAUCAGAGAGCUAAGGCACGAAUGUGGGGAGAUUUUAUCAUAAAGAAGCUUAUUCCACCAUAUUACAAAUUCCUUAUGAAGCAGUCUCGGGAAGAGCAAAAUGAAUACCGAGAAAUAUUUUUAGAAAACAUAUUGGAAUUUUCUCAGGCAAUGGAUCAGUCAGGCCCCUUUUUUCAAGGAAAGGAACUUGGAUAUGUUGACAUCAUGUUUGCCCCAUGGGCUUCAAGGAUGUACAUUCUGGAACAUUACCGUGGCUUUAAAAUUCCACAGACUGAAGAAUACAGCAGAUAUAAUGUAUGGGCAGAAGCAGUAAUAAAUCACCCUUCAGUAAAAGCAGUUCAGGCAAAUAAAGACAAGGUUUUGGCAAAUGCUAGGCCUUAUGCUGAGGGUAAUGCCAAAUCUGAGCUUGCAGAUGCUGUUCGCAAAGGGUCAACAAUUCCUUAGAAAUCCAUUCAAAGAGUAAUAGGAGGAUGUUUUCUUGGUUGGGUGGUGAUGUGUCACAACAAAUAGUGUAAUUUUGGACUGAGAAAAAGAAAAUGUUUAAUUAUAUGUACCAACAGGAAUGGGUGUUAAAGAAAACACUUAUUACUACGAUCAGCAAUUUAAUGUUACUGAAAAUACUUUGCCAGUCCUGUAAUCGUGGCUGUCAGCUUUAACUUUGUAUGUGUCAUACUCUCAUCCCAGCAUAGUUCACAUAUUGUUAGUUGCUUAGAAUAGGAAUUAGGUAGAGUAACAAAUUCAUCUGGUACAUUUUUUGACUUUUUUAAGACCUGUGUAUUCUGUGUUAAACUUCUACAAUAUUUUCUGUGGGAUAUUCUCAGACCACUCACAGCUAAAGAAGAAAGUACUCUAGAACAUAAACCACAAAAUUUAUUGAACAUUUAUUUUUGUUUGCUAUACAUGUAAGUUUUGGCAUGUGUAAGGUCUAACUUUUGAAAUUCUGAAAUGUGAAGUUAUCUUCAGAUUGUGGAGUUGAGAUUUAACCUUUCAACUCCCAAAAGUGAUUAACAAGUAACUUCUACUAAAAAUAUCCAGUGCGCUAUCCAGCAAACAGAUAAUGUUAAUACUCAAAUGUAUUGGCUAGAAGUUGUUAUCUUCAUCUAACUCCAAAUUUUUGCAACUUAUUUCCAAGAAAAUGUGUAGAAGUUAGAGGGGAGAAUUAACAAUCAGAUCUUGGGAGUUAAAGGGUUAAUACAGUGUAAUCUGUCUUGACUGUGAUCAACACAAAAAUGAGGCAAGCUCUCUAGUUUUAAGACAAUUUUAUCAUCAGUUGAAAUACAUUUGAAACAGAGGCCUGGGAGUGUUACAGCACAUAACAAACCAAAAUACUUAUCUUUCAGGGCUUAGUCACCUUUGGGUUAAAUCUUUUCACCUGCCAACCUAUUCAUACCAUUAAAUUUUGAU